CCCAGUCCGGCAUCUGAAACUCCCUCAACGAAAGCUUGAGCGAACUGGGAAGUUAUGAAAGAGUUUCAGUUUGAGCUCAUGCUGAGUUUUGGGAUGUUUUUCUCCCUACAGCACCGUCCCACAUUCAUGACAUCACGCCGUCUGUUCCCGGGCAAUCCUACAAUUAAUCCCUAAAGCCUGUUAAUGAACCAACCUUGACAGAAGAAUAGGCACAAACACUGCCUGAGAACUACCUUAACCCUUUCCAUAGUCCAGUGAAACAACCAAUAAUAAUACAUGUAGAAGACGCAUGUUCAGCUGAAACAUUCUGCUCUGUCGUUCACAGGAGGAUCCUUCUCUCCGAGACGGAAGCAGGAGAUGACAUCAGAGUAAACUCCACGACCCAAGUCUGAGCGAGAUAACCAGUGGCAGGACGAACAGAGAGAGUCCGUUACCCAGGAGACACAUCUACUUGGACGUGACAAGCUGUUGAGCAGGCCUGGUCUGAGCCCGACAACAGAGAAGCUUCCUUGAGAAGCUUUUAGGGACAGCUUGUCACAACACACCCAACACUCUCCAUCCAUGCUGCUACCACAAAAGAGGUAGACUCGCUCUUCAUCCAGUGCUUUAUAUCCCGCUCAUGUUGAGAAACGAAGUCUGACUCUUCAUCGUUGAACCACACACCUGGACCGAGGAUGGGACACAGGUGGAUUUCUCAGCCUUUGUUCCUGCCAACCCGCCCCCCUUUCAUCCUCCUCGUCCUCUUCCUCCUCUCGUCUCCUGCGUUUGGCAGUGCCAUGCCAGGGCCUGACUUCGACUACAGAACACAUCCACGCUUCAUCUGCACCCCCAUCCCUGUGGAUGCAGACCCUGCUUGCUUCCCCCCUGGGGGCCCAGCUAUGGGGGCCUCUGGGGCUGGGGGCCCAGCUAUGGGGGCCUCUGGGGCUGGGGGGCCAGGCCACCACGGGCCUCCAGGAGGAGCCCCUAACGGCUUUUGGGGGAUGACGGAGGAGGCUAAGACCACCAUAUUACACCUCAGGGAGAGCCUGGUGCAGCAGAAGGAGACUAUCUUGGAGCAGAGAGAGAGCAUCAGAGAGCUGACAGCCAAGCUCUCUGUGUGUGAGGGCUUCGGACGGGGCGUGGGGGCCCAAGAUGACCACCACAGAGACCCCUCUCACCCCUCCCCGUCCUCCCACGGGCAUGGGAGCCACACCUCUCACGCCAGCAACGGGCACCGCGGAAACAGCAACCACGUAGUGGGGGGGCACCGUUCUAAAGGAGGGCACGGCAAAAAAAGAGGGAAGGACAAACUUGUAACACCAGGGGAUAUGACAUCAUCGCCGGAGCAGAUGAGCCGGAUGCUGCAGGCUCUGAAGGAGAGGCUGGAGAAGCAGUCCAGGAACACGUCGUCCAGCACGUACUCCAGCUCUCUGAAGGAGCUUCUGCAGAGAAAGAUCAACGCUCUGGAGCAGCAGAUGCAACGCCACUCCACCGCCGCCCUCAGCAGCCCAGAUCGCCACGACGACGACAGCCACGACGACGAUCACGAUCGCCACGACGACGGGAACCCCGGCGACGGUCACCACGCCGACACCCACCCUGACGCUGAGCACCACGAUGAUGACGAGAGUCACGAUGACAGUCACCACGACGACAGACACCAUGACGACAGUCACCGCGAAGACAACGGUCACGAUGACAGCGAUGAGGAUGAUGAGGAUGAUGAAGAAGAUGAAGACGAUGACGAGGCCGAUGAUGACAGUCACCACGACAACAUCGCAGACAGCCAUGGUUACCUUCCACAAACAGGCUAUCACUCACAAGGCCCGAGGUCUGGGCUGCAUUCCAACAAACUGGAGUCUGUCCUGAAUCACCUGCAUCACACAGGUUCCAACAGGAAGAAACUCAAGAGCCCUGAAGCCUUCCAGAUUGGCUUCCCCAUGAGGACCAACUACAUGUACGGGAAGGUGAAGAGGACCCUCCUCCAUGAGAUCUUUGCUCUCACCCUGUGCCUGUGGAUCAAGGGGGGCGCGGGGCCUGGUCUGGGGACACCCUUCUCCUACUCUGUACCUGGACAGGCCAACGAGCUGGUGCUCAUCGAGUGGGGCAACAAUCCCAUGGAGCUACUGGUGGAUGAUAAGGCAGUGACCCUGCCCCUGUCCCUGAGCGAUGGGAAGUGGCAUCAUGUGUGUGUGACGUGGACAACUAGGGAUGGUCUUUGGGAGGCGUACCAGGACGGGGUGAAGAGGGGGUCUGGAGAGGACCUGUCGGCCUGGCACCCCAUCAAGCCUGGGGGGGUGUUCAUCCUGGGGCAGGAGCAGGACACUCUGGGCGGUCGAUUUGACGCCACUCAGUCCUUCGUGGGGGAGAUGUCCGACGUGCAGAUGUGGUCUCACGUCCUAACGGCUCAGGACAUCUACGGCCUGGCGUCCUGUGGGAGCCACCUCAGCGGAGACGUCUUCACCUGGUCAGAGGCCAUGGUGGAGCUACACGGAGGGGUCACCAAGUACCCCUUCAACCCCUGUCACUAAGGGCAACAACCCGUAACCAAGGGCAACACCCCUGGAUGGGUGAAGGAGGACAAAGCACAGCCUUUUUCGUAAAUCACCACUUUGUGAAUCGUCGUCCCAGACGCGUAGAAGGCUUCCGACAAGCCACAGGAACUAUGUAGAUUGGACUUUGUCUCCACUGAAGCCUGUGAACUAACAACUUGUCCUUAACACCCUGACCACUCUUUGUAAACCUUGGAAACAAUGCCUUCCUUUUAACCUGAAAGACUCGACCCAGAGACAUUUUUAUGGCAUGUGAUGUAUGUGUGUGAUGUUUGAUUACGCAUUACUGUUUUUGACUUUCUGUCUUAGAUUACAAGUAUAACUCCAAAUGUCACAGAACAGAGGUUGUAUAAGGAAGAUAAAACAUCUAGGAAGAUAAUAACAGGCCUCAAAAACCUAAUUUAGCAGGUCUGUAAAUGUUACAAAGGUGGUGACUUAAGUGGGUAGGUUUGUAUCGGAUAAGAGGUAGAUUUUGUCUAGAGUGAUCAUUGGAUUCUGAAAGAACAUCCUUUGAAACAUACAGCUACUAAACCAAAGAAAACGUUACAGCAAUUUUGUUUUGUUCUUUUGUGUCUUUUUUGUUCUUUUCUAU